AUGCCCUUUAUUAUUAUUAAUUAUAUCACUCCAGUUUCUCUGGCCCUUAGUCUGGCCCUUAGUCUGGCCCUUAGUCUGGCCCUUAGUCUGGCCCUUAGUCUGGCCCUCAGUCUGGCCCUCAGUCUGGCCCUCAGUCUGGCCCUCAGUCUGGCCCUCAGUCUGGCCCUCAGUCUGGCCCUCAGUCUGGCCCUCAGUCUGGCCCUCAGUCUGGCCCUCAGUCUGGCCCUCAGUCUGGCCCUCAGUCUGGCCCUCAGUCUGGCCCUCAGUCUGGCCCUCAGUCUGGCCCUCAGUCUGGCCCUCAGUCUGGCCCUCAGCCUCGCCCUCAGCCUCGCCCUCAGCCUCGCCCUCAGCCUCGCCCUCAGCCUCGCCCUCAGCCUCGCCCUCAGCCUCGCCCUCAGCCUCGCCCUCAGCCUCGCCCUCAGCCUCGCCCUCAGCCUCGCCCUCAGCCUCGCCCUCAGCCUCGCCCUCAGUCUCGCCCUCAGUCUGGCCCUCAGUCUGGCCCUCAGUCUGGCCCUCAGUCUGGCCCUCAGUCUGGCCCUCAGCCUCGCCCUCAGCCUCGCCCUCAGCCUCGCCCUCAGCCUCGCCCUCAGUCUGGCCCUCAGUCUGGCCCUCAGUCUGGCCCUCAGCCUGGCCCUCAGCCUCGCCCUCAGCCUCGCCCUCAGCCUCGCCCUCAGCCUCGCCCUCAGCCUCGCCCUCAGCCUCGCCCUCAGCCUGGCCCUCAGUCUGGCCCUCAGUCUGGCCCUCAGUCUGGCCCUCAGUCUGGCCCUAAGCCUCAGCCUCAGCCUCAGCCUCGCCCUCAGCCUCGCCCUCAGCCUCGCCCUCAGCCUCGCCCUCAGUCUGGCCCUCAGUCUGGCCCUCAGCCUCGCCCUCAGCCUCGCCCUCAGCCUCGCCCUCAGCCUCGCCCUCAGCCUCGCCCUCAGCCUCGCCCUCAGCCUCGCCCUCAGUCUGGCCCUCAGUCUGGCCCUCAGUCUGGCCCUCAGUCUGGCCCUCAGCCUCAGCCUCAGCCUCAGCCUCAGCCUCAGCCUCAGCCUCAGUCUCAGUCUCAGUCUCGCCCUCAGCCUCAGUCUCGCCCUCAGCCUCAGUCUCGCCCUCAGCCUCGGCCUCAGCCUCAGUCUCGCCCUCAGCCUCGGCCUCAGCCUCAGUCUCGCCCUCAGCCUCAGUCUCGCCUCAGCCUCGGCCUCAGCCUCAGUCUCGCCCUCAGCCUCAGUCUCGCCCUCAGCCUCAGUCUCGCCCUCAGUCUCGCCCUCAGCCUCGCCCUCAGUACUUGUCCAAACUCUUGAUCGCAAAUCCAUGAGCUCUGGUCGAGUGUCGUAA